AUGUCGAGUGAAAAUGAACUCCCAAUAGUCAAUACUGAGGAAAGACAAGGACAUGGUCAACAUGAAUCAACCGUUGUUGAGGAAAAUAGGUUGUUGAGGCAACGUAUAGUGGGGAUGUUACAAGAAGGGUCGAAUGGUAGGCAACCGCCCCAGGCAAUCCCUAGUUUUUCUGACAUCACGCCUAUGGAACAUGCAUAUACUCAGGCCUCACUCUCCAUGUCAGAAGAUCUAGUGUACCUUUCUGGGUUUGCUCAUGGUCUGGGUGACUAUACCAAUUUGCCUAACAUCACUGAAACCUCCACAAGUCGUUUUCCAAGGGUGCAAAUCACGACUGAUAUUCAGGGUAUCGCAACAGCGCCGCCCGUUUAUACGUUCUCGCAGCCUAAUCCUAUGGUUGUGACAACUACUGUGCCAGUUGACAUGAUUCCCCAACCCACUAUGGUGCAAAGACAAAAUCAUGUGUCACAAUUUGUUACCCGUCAAGAUCAGUACUACCCUUCGGAUUUCACAUUCAUGGGCCCAGAUCCUCAUCACUCUAUUUCACAGUUUAAUUCUCUUAUUGACAUUGAGAGACCGGCGAAAAAUGGUGAACAUGAGGACAUGGCUGGAAAAAUGAAAAGCCUGGAACAAGCUAUGAAGAACUUACAAGGAUUGGGAGGUUAUAAAAGUGUCUCGUUUAGAGAUUUGUGUAUGUUUCCCGACGUUCAUCUACCUCUCGGAUUCAAGGUCCCGAAGUUUGACAAAUACGAUGGACAGGGUGAUCCUAUGGCCCACUUGAAGAGGUAUUGUAAUCAAUUGAGAGGAGCUAGGGGUAAGCAAGAGUUGCUUAUGGCCUACUUCGGUGAGAGUUUGACGGGUUUAGCCUCAGAAUGGUUCAUUGAUCAAGACUUUACUAAGUGGCAUAUUUGGGACGACAUGGCUCAAGAAUUUGUGCAGCAAUUCCAAUACAAUAUAGACUUAGUUCCUGACAAGAAGUCUCUGAUCAAUUUGAAGAAGAAAACUACAGAAAAUUUCAGGGAAUUUGCCAUCAGGUGGCUGGAGCAGGCUGCAAGGUUGAGACCACCGCUGAAAGAAAGCGAGGUUAUGGAGACUUUUAUCCAAGCACAAGAUGAAGAAUAUUAUCAGCACAUGCUCCCUGCCUUAGGCAAAUCAUUUGUUGAAGCCAUCAAAAUAGGGGAGAUGAUAGAAGAUGGGAUUAGAACAAGACGUAUUGUGAGUUUUGUUACCUUUAAAUCCACCACACAUGCAAGUGAAAGUCAGUCAAAAAAUCUGGGGAUAGAGAGGGAUGGAAAUUCUGAUGUUGCAAUGAUUGGAUCUGGACAAGGUCAAGGUCCGAGGGGCCGCCAUCGUCAAUAUACUCAGCAUCAACGUCGAUCACCAAAUUACACACAAUGGCGAGCAGCAACACCACAAAACCCUCAUCCGUCUCCACAAAAUUUUCAAGCAUCAUACAAUCCCCAUUCGAGGCAGGAGUACGGCAAGAGACAAAGGCCAAGGGAUAAUUUCACACCCAUUGGAGAAUCUUAUACGAGCGUGUUCCAGAAAUUGAGACAUUUGGGCAUGAUCACUCCUCUACUCGGGUAUACUCCUGACCCACAUUCAAAAAGUUUUGAUCCCACCGUACGAUGUGCUUAUCAUUCUAAUAUUCAGGGACACAGUACUGAAGACUGUCGCACUUUAAAAAGAGAAAUAGAAAGAAUGAUUCAAGAAAAACUGAUUGUGGUACAGGACAGCGACACUCCAAGCGUCGCAGAGAAUUCUUUAAUGGCAUGGGAUGAUGCACACUUCGUAGCAAUGAGCGCGUUGGCCAAAGGGACCCAGAACCUAUUUGUUGAGGAUAAUGUAUUCGAUAUUGGUGAAGGUUCUAGUAGUGUUGAUAUGCAACUUAGUGGCUAA